AUGUUUUUAAAAAAAGCAAAGAAUUUUGUAUUGACAGUUGAAGCUGAAGAUAAUCAGAGAUCAGCUGAGAUAGAAAGUAAUAAUGCAAUUAAUAUUCUUAAUCAACAUUAUCAAGAUAAAAGUGAAGCCAAGAAUGAAAAUGUUUUAGAUGAAGAGUACAAUGUGACCUAUGAUAUAAUUAAUGAAUAUUCUAAUGAUGAUAAAAACCAGAAAUGUGAGAUAAAUAGAAAAGGUUACAAUAAACCUGAUAAUGUCAUUGCUGAAAUGGAUAAUAAGAAUGAGGUUGGAGACAUAAAAGUAGAGGGCAAUUGGUGA